AUGGCCGCAAAAGCUUUGUUUGCAAAGUUGAAAGCGUUUCAGGAAAUCAAUAACAAAAUUGUUUUGGGGACCAGUCCUAUUCCUUCAACCGGUGAUGUUGUUAACCUGCUCAAGUAUUUCCAAUCUGCACUUUAUGGAUUCAUCCGAGACAAUCCUAGUUUUAACAGAACUGCAGUCAACUCUGCAAAGUUUGACGAAGAAUACCAGAAUACAAUGCUUUCAAAAGGCUCAAUUGAGCAGUUGUAUAUAAUUAUAGUCAAUUUGAUCGAAAACGUUGGUAAACUUACCAGCAUAACAAACGUAUGUGAACAUAUACUUCGAACCCUUCACCUGGUUAUUUUAUUUCUUGAUGACGACCAAAUCAACGGGCUUCCCAUCCUCCUUGCGACUGCAGUCAGCUUCUUUCCCCCAGCUGUGCAUUCCAAUGUUAUAGAGCUUCUGUGUUCAGUUGUCAUUCCAUUGGUUUACGUCAAUAACUCUCAAGAUUCAUACGCUCUUGACUCUAUUCCCUCUAUGCUCACCACAGUAUUGCAACACGUCGAAAGCCCUGAAUGCCACUCAUGGCUCCUGGAAAGUCUUCUCAGUCGAAAGAAGGACUUAUACAAGAUACCAAAACCCCUACGUAUGUUGCUAAAACGUAGCUGUCACUUGCUGCAGGACCUAUUUACUGUGAUUGCGUAUGGCUCUACUGAAGCGCGCUUGCCGGCCGUAUACCUACUUUUUCAUUAUUGGCCCGAGCUUUGCCCAUCUGCUUUUCAAAUCUUCGACUCCUUGAAGCCGAAGCACUACGCUUGGGAGCCUUGGAAGCCAGUAACUUGUGAACGUACCGACUGCCCCAACAAACCAGGCAAAGCUUUUGCCAUGAAGAUGACAAUGGAUCCCCAAGUUGCCGUCAAGUACGGUAACAAGCCUCCCCCUCUUUAUGUCUGUCUUGACUGCGCUGACGCCCUGAACAGACGUGAUGUAGACCAGCUUACUGACAUCUUACUCCCCAGCAGACAAAUCAGUAUGGUGUGUGAGUCAAAAACGUGUCGCAGCAAGAACAACACAGCUAUUCUGACCUGUUACUCUGUGGAAUGCGCUUUCCUUAACGGCAACCGCCCCAUUCGAUUCUGUGAGACCUGUCAUCUCAUCCGUCACAGCUCGCAGGCCGCCGAAGUGAAUGCACAGGGCAAGGAACCUGCCACAGUGGAACAUGUCUACCAGACUCAAAUACCCGACAUUUGGGUAAGCGGCCUUGACCUUCAACCAAUGAUGCUAGAAGCCAUAGUGACCCUGAUUCGAGAGACACAGCCUCGUUGGCGCCAGCUCCUUUUGGGUCUACCCGAGGAGCCAGGAGGCAGUGGGACUCGAGCCGGAGGCGGUUUGGAGCGUACUAUUAGCGGCGGUUGUGCCAGUGGCAGUGGAAUUGGUAUAGGCGGCGGACCCGCGGGCCCUGGUGGUCCGCCCCAACUUCCCCCUGCUGGGUCUGUUCCCUCUGCCUCUGAGUUCCUCAUGCCUGCAGCUAGUGGUGCUGGCUCCCUUGGAUCCGCCGCAGUCAGCAGUAACCCUUCGCCCUCCAUUCCAGCGGUCAAUUUUGAUGGAACUUCUGUCAUGCGAGAAGGAGGCGCCCAAGCCAGACCAACAUUUCAAGUAUCCGGUCGGUUUGCAGUGGGUCCCAACGGUGAGCCGGAGUUAACUCUAGAAGGUCGCUACGAUGACGAAGAUCACAAAAUUCUUGCUGUCUACGGAGCCAUGUUGGCUGGCGAGAAAUGUAGACCCAGUGAUAGGGUCAAUCUGGACAUCUUAACACGAAUUACAGCCGGGGUGUUUAACUGGUUUUUGGAUACUGCGUAUACAAAUGAAGAUGAACUGGGAGAACUGAUCGAGCGUCUAAAGAGUGAGUACAUGCUGAAAUGGAUCCAGGAGGUUCAGCACACCCAUCCAGAAGUGAUUUUGGCAGUGCUCCUUCCGCAUCCCGUUGAAGUAGCUCGUGUUGGGAGCUGCUGGGACACUCUUUGCGGGAAAACAGCAAUUGUCAAGCAGGGACUAAGUCGCAUUAGCAGCCUCAUUCCCUACGAUGUAAUGACUUUUGAGACUUGGGACUACAUAAUCCCUUACUGGCUGGAGUCCAUCCGGACAGAAGUUAAACCAGACGACUAUCGUGAGCUAGAGAUUUUGCUUAAGAAAGUAUUCGAUGCUACCGCUGGUCCCUUUCCUUUUCUCCCCGCCAAGGUCUAUCACUUUGCUGGUGAACGCUUUAUAGACGCCACUGCUCCUGUUCAGGAUCAAGUUUUGUCUUGGCUUGAGAUACUGACGGCAGUAGAGGUAGCAAUUCCAAUGAAGGAGCUUUUCACCAUGUUCCGAAGUGGAGUCUCAGCCUUCCUCAAGGCCGGUGUGCUGGGUGAUACCACGUGCCUAGAAGAACGCCACACGUUGGAGAGGCAGUCCUUGUGGUUUGACGACGACUACGAUCCCGAAAACUUUGAGGCCUCGGAUGAUGCGGUCAGCUUUGCUUCUGAUGAGGCGUACAACACUGGUGGAGUAGACAGCGAUGACGCGAGCGCCAAUCUCCUGGACGAAAUGGAUGAAGAGGAUGAGGAAAAUGAUGACGAAGAGGAAGAGGACGCCUUCGAGGAGGAAGCAUACGAUCGCAGUGUGCCACAGGAGGUAGGCGAUGACGCAGAAGACUUUGAGGCCGUAGCUACUAGUGCCGUAGAUGCCGACGACUCCAGCGGCCUCCUGGUACCUGGACCUAAGAGUUCGUUGGAAAAGCGAGGCCACAAGAAGUCCUACUCAUCUGCCGCAGCUCCCCUCGAUGCUCCUCGUUUCUUUCUUGGUGAAAAGCGUGGUCUCAAGAGCUCCGUGAGUCGCAAAGUGAGUGAGGAGCCGUCCGUUCUGGUGGAGGGAGUGAAGCGCUCCAUAAUGACGAAGGACCGUUUUGUUCCUGCUCCCACCACUCCUGCCGCGCCAAGGGGAGCGCUAGCUGCUAAUGUGAAGCGCCAGUCCCGACGCUCCUCAGUGCUCAAUCGGGGGCAAAAAAUGCGCGUUUCUCCGUGGACUAACAAGGAAACAGUGGUCUACCGAUCUACAAGGUGUUUAGGACAAAUGCUUAGUUUGGUGCUUAAGCAGCUAAAGCUCAGCGACCCGUUUGGUCACGGUGGAUUCACACAAGAGACACCACAACUGGUUCUCUCUCUUCUCAGCGACAUGCUUAAUCUCACCUGGAUGCCCGCAGGUCUCCGAAACGGCGUUUAUAAAGAUGGUGGCAAUGAAAACAUAAGAUCUCGAACUCAGCUGCGUCGAAUGACGUCAAUGACAACCGCUAGCCGAUGUAUGGGUCAUUGCACAGCCCCCUCACCAGUGAGCAGCCAGCAAAGCGCACCAACUGUGGGAGUGGUGGGACCGGCCGGCAGCGGAGCAAGUGGUAAUUUGGCAGCCCUGCUCUCUGCUACACAAGCAGCAGUCGCAGCGGUAGGAGAUGAUGACUUCUGCGCGUAUUGUCAGGAUGUCUGUUGGUGGUUCGAAUUGGCUAGUCUACUGUGCCAUCAUCUGGCCCCCGCUUCACCACCAGCGCUGCCGAGGCUUGAAUUAUCCACUAGUGCAGUUGGUGCGUUUCUUACUCGUCCCGACUAUCCCAAGUGGUGCACUGGUCUGGCAGCCAGUGAGAUAAUGCGACGCACCGACGGAAGUCGUUCAGGUCCUGUUGAGGAUGAGCGAUCACCGGCGCAGGAGGCACUUGGUCUCGAUUCCAUGGAACCGUCCGAGGCCGACCUUCUCGGCUUUCCGCCCGCCCUACGCUUUAUAUACCAACUCCUGCGCUGUCUUAUGGGCAAAUCCGGCUGUGCAGGUGUCUCCUAUUUCAUUCGUACUCAGUCAUCAACUGGAACUGAGGCAGAGAGCAGAGCGAAGAGCGAAGAGCAGCCGCGAAUCGCCUUUGAAGGACGUACUCCGCGCGAUCCCGUGGUGUUGCGACACUUGCUAGAGUGCCUGAAUUGUCUCAUACGAGUUGGAAACGUGUUGCAGAACAUUCUCAAUGCGGCAGCGCGGGCUGCAGAGAUGGCGGCUGCUGCCGCUGCAGCGAUGACAGUAGGGACUGUUACUUCUAUACCAGCGACGAGAGCAGCAAGAACAGGCGGAGGCACGGCUGGUGGGGCAGCGAGUUCUGCCACCGCUAAUAGCAACGCUUCGCUCAGUGUUCAGGCGUCUUUUGUGUUAUACUUAGUGGAGCACUGUCUCAUUCCAACAUUAUGGAAUUUACUCACGGCAGAGCACUCCCACCUCGCCAGUUGGGUGGUUCCCCUCCUCCUCCAAUCCCUCACAGUACCCAACAUGGCGGGUGUCUUUUGGCGUCUCGUGGAGCACGAAUGUACCCACCCCGACUGGAAGGUGCGUUUUGACGCCAUGGAGAAGAUUCAUUCCCUUCUGCGUCAGCUAGACUUCGCUGUGGUAUCCGGCUUCUACAACGGGCCCGCCUUCAAAGACUUGUCGGUCGGCCGUCAAGCCACCUCCUCUACUGUAAGUAGCAGCGCUGGAGGCGGUGGUGGUGGUCUGGCUGCUCGGGCGGGUCGACGGGUUGGUGCAUUCAGAGCACACAACUCUAACGCUGCGGCUACGCUCAGUGCCUCGGGAAGCUACGGGAGCAACCUCCUGUGGGGAGGGAGUGAUGCUAGAGGUGUUCUCGGUAAAGCUAUGGGUGGAGCCAUGGGUCCUCUUCAUCCUUUCGUACUAAAUUCAAUUGCUCACCUUUUCUCGCGUCUCAUCGGCUCACUGGAUGACUAUAGCUCGGUGGUGGCUCAGCGGAGCUCCUAUCAUCUAAAUGAGCUAGAUGAUAACGCAUUAAGCUGUUGCAUCCAGUGUAUGGAGUAUCACUUUGAUACGAUAGCGGCCGAUCGCACGAUUAUCCUGAAACGAAUGCAGCAGCUCAGUUUUGCUCUACCCAAUAGACAGAUAUUCACCUGGAACUUCUUCAUCGACCGAUUUGGCAUUCUCUCGAUUGGAGCGCAAAUUGCUGGCAAAACGAAUCCUGACAUCGAUUCAGUGACCGAUCUCAAUAACAUGAACAAGCGCGGAGACGCUUUUCAGCAACAGUUCAAUCGGGCUGUUUUUGCCGCCUCGGGCGCGGGCAUGUUGCCCUCAGUGGUGAGCCAACCAAAUGACCUUGGGGUUGGUAGCAAAAGGAACAAGACAUGGAGUGCGAAGCCUCAGCGACGAAUCACUGCCUUCAAACGUUCCGACGAGCACGAUUCGGGUAGAGCAUCACCGUCUGCAGAAGCACAGAGUCAAGCAUCUUGUGAAAAUCGACGUUUGCGACCAUCGGUUAUUAAACUAACUGGCUUCUUUUCCGGCGGACCGGGGUCAACCGAACUAAUGGACAGUGCAAACAAAUUUCUCUGUUCGCUGCAGCUGAAGCUGGACCAGGAUGGUUCAGAUCGGGGCGCUCUGCACCAGUGGGUGCGUCUUCUGCUCCGUUUUAUGGCCACAGUGGACAUGGAAAGUGGUGGACAAGGCAGUAAAUCACGACGUGGCGCACCCACUGAUGAGCUGAGAGACAAAAAGGCUCUUUCAAAGGUCCAACGACAUCUUGCUCUCCUCCUUGGAUAUGCUGACCAGGCCUUCAACAUUCCUCCUUACAAAUUAAGGACAUCGACAGUCUUCCACGCAUUCAUAUCACACGUGGCAGAUGUUUUGGAUAGGAACCCCCCGAUGGGCAGUUGCAUUUUGCAUCAGACGCUGAUGGUUCUGCAGGUGUGUGCCUCACCACAGCGCUACGCUAACGACUGUCAGGCGCCGAAUUUUACGCUUCGUUUGUUGGAGCCUCAAGUUCGACACCAUUGGCUAAACACACUUAUCAUCAUUCUCUACAAGUAUGAGUACAACUCACCAUCGGGGGCUAUGAAUCCCUCGUCCAGUUUCUCUGGUGUCGGUGGUUACAAGACCAGCGUGGACGCCUUGAAUUGUGGCCCCAGUGGGGUUGAUUUCAUGGAUUCACAGUUCAACGCUGGAGAUACAAUUUGUAGCAUGGGAGGCGCUCGUCCUUCUGGAUUCAGUCCGGGUCACGGCACUUCUUUUUGUACUGGGACGGGUAUGUCCACUGCCGCCUCCGGUGCUGCCGCUGCAGCUGCCACUGGAGCCAACACUAGCAGCAGCUGCUUCAUCAACACGUCGUCUACCUUUCAGUGGGGUACUCGAGGCAUUAUCGAGUACCUCAUCCGUAUUGUGCUCAACACUCUAGAGACGCAAGUGCACAUCUGCAAGGAAAGAAAUGAGGACGAUGUUUUCGACUCCCCAUCUAUGUACCUUCCACGACUGAGGGAAGCCAGCAACAUAAGCACCGAGGUUAAGUCAAGAGAGGUCGAGGCGCCAAUACAUGAGGACGAUGAUGAGGUCAUAGUGAUGCCAGGAAUCACAAUCUCUCAGGAUGCUCCCUCGGAGCACACCUCUCAGGUCUCCACCGACAAGGACGUACUGGAUUUCACCGAUCUUUCGCCUGCUAUUCCUCCUGGAACUGGCCUUUUAGCAGAGAAGCGGGGCUUUCCGCAUUACACAAAGUUUGGAAAGGACCGUGAUCUGGAGCCGGCGAGCGGACUUCGUUUUGCCUCACCAAUUAUGAAGAAGGUUAACCGAUGCCACCAGGAUAGCCGGGAUGAGCUGCAGCAGUCGUCGGUGCAUAAGGACUCCACUGAGAUGAAGGAGUCACUUGAAGUUCCAUUUAGUCUUACGCUGGCUUCUACUGGUUACAAACCUUUCAAACCGGGUGCUGUUUCACUGGAGGAAAGAGCUAUCUUGCCACCCACGGUGUCUGAUGCUGGAUUUGACAAGAAAGGGCAAGGGGAAACUCACGAGAUGUCUGGAAAACUAGAAGCUCUGGAUACAAAAUCUGGUGAUUUUGGUGAACCCUUGACAACUCGAAAUCGUGCUGCAAAAACACACGCAUUAACAGAACCCCAGGCAGACGCGUCCAUCUCAUCGCCAAUCCUCCAGCGGGACGCCAUCAAGCUCACCGUAUCUCAAACUCGCGAACGCCCACCAUUAAACCGCGCUCUCGAGGUGGAUGAUGAAAACGGGAGUAGCGAGUUACGAGCACAGACCGCCUUCUCCUUCGAGGACUCCGUCGGAUUGCACCGAACUCCGCGAGUAGGGGGAAUCGGAUCUUCGCGUCGUGUAGCUUCUCUUCGCACGCGUUCGACCUACGGUGGAGGUGGGGGUGGAGAAAUGACCUCCACUAUGGCUUCUGUGCUCGCCACGGCUAUGCUCAGCACUGAGCGGUGUCCCUGGUGCCAGAUGGUGCUGGAGACGCACGACGAGACUACCAUUGGGCUGGGACUUAUCUGUCUAGCCACCUUUGUACACAGAGAGCCUGGGCUGGCUGCUCCCUUUCUCAUCGAUAUGCUUAUGGUGGCUGCUAGAAUUGCCACAACCACACUCUACACGUGGCAGAGGGCCUUGCCGAAUGUAAUUGUGUCAGGUAACGUCGCAAGCAUAGCUCGGCAAUUCCUGCGGUGCACAAUAUACAAUCUGGCGCCUAAUGGACUGUUUACCCAGCUCUUCCAAACACCUAUACCGGAUCCAAUCCUUUUUCGCGCGGUCAUUUCCGUGUUAGUGAACUUCGAGGAUCAUAUGUCUCUCUUCUACCCUCUGAUUUCGGCUCUGGACAGCUUUAACAAGCGUAAGUCCCUUCCUAUCGAGACGCUUAACACGAUUCUCGAAAAUGUGGCCACGUAUUUGGAGAAUUUGCCGCGGCUGACGGAUGAGCAGAAGUGGAAUAACUUCAUUUCCUCCGGAUGGGCGGAACUGAUGCCGCUAUUUGAGACAUUUUUCCGCAAACUCUCACAAAUUCGACCUCUGCCGACUAAUCUUGCUUCAACCCUUCGUUCCAUGAUCUGCAUCCUCCGUGCACCGACUAAUUCCACUAUCAAGCAAGGUGUGACAGACGCCUAUGCUGCGAUCCUUCGAUUGGUGAUCGAGCAGUGUCAUGUGGAUUCCCCCCUUCUCAUCGAGAUCUGUUCGCUCUGCAACAGAACUUUUAAGGAGAGGGCCAAAUCUCAGUUAACCAAAAUCGCGGUGGAGUCACUCAUGAAUGCACUCAAGUUUCGCAUUUAUCUUCCCGACGAAAACUUGCUCAAAAUGCUUCAGCUUGUACUAAUGGACGCGGGUGGAACGUUGGAGCCUAACCAGAUUUCGCCCAGUCUGACAGACAUCUUCAAUCCACAGACAUUCCACCUUUUUUCGACUGGAGCGGCCGAAUUAAUGAGACCUCACAUUGCCGAUUGUUUAAACAUUCUUUCCGAUGUUCACAUGAUUCGGAAGGUGAAACAGGCUCAAAAGACGGCCGCUCAACCACUGCCCAACCCCAAUGACGGAAAUAGUGGUGCUGGAACAUGCAGCCAAUGGACAUCGUCCAUGGGUCUCUCCAGUAGUGGAGUGCAAAAUUCGGGUUUUGCUAAUUCCAGUAGUUGUGCGCCUGCAGCAGCAGCCAACGUUCCCUCAUUGCACGAGGACACCAUCGGUGCUCACCUCAAGUCCGGUCUUGCGCAGUACGUGGCCCUUGAACUUUCACGUCAUUCCAAUGUCAAAGACGAAGAUGUUCUCAUCAUGCUCUCUCCGGGUCUUCUCGCCGAGGAUUCCAACCCUGGAAUUCUAGACCCACCCGUGAGACGCGGAGGUGUCACUAGUGGUACUAGUGGGAAGCCGGGCACUUCUGCUGCUCAACAACAGCAAUAUCAGCAACCCCAACCUUCAGCUUCAAAACUCUCCGGUUCUCUCUCUGCUGGUGGAAGCUUCCGUAGCGUCGGUCAAUCCAGUGGAGGGAGUAGCUUUAGUGGGGGACGUCAGUUUGGUCGCAACUCCACUUCGCUCACUUUCGGUGGGGGCGAUGGUGCAGGAAGUGAUGGCGGAUCCGUCUACUCGGGACCGAAAGUCUCCACAUCUAAUUGUGCAGCUGGCAGCGCCUUGAGCGGAGGAGGCGGUGGUGGAGGCCAUAUCUCAUUGGCAGUCCCGAACCUUACGAGUCGAAGCCCCAGUAUUGCUUCGGUGUUGGCAGCGCCCGGUGGAAUAGGUCAGCAGUCCAUCAUGUCAAUUGGACAUUUCGCGCUGGUGCCAACUUUAUCUCACACCACGAGACUGGACGCUCCCAUUCUACAAUAUCUACCAUGGCUCAAAUCUAUCCCUACUUUUAUGCAACAGGGACCACGAGACUUUCUGUUGUGUCUGGAGCGCGUGAGGACUCUGACCUGGCUCCUGCUCGGCGCCACCAUGCACACCGCUCUCACACGUGACGCCACUGGUCUCACUUGCCGGCCUCUGCCCUUCACCUUCGUCAAUUCGGUUGCUGACCUCGUGAAAUUUCUCAUUUCCGGUUUUCCAGACCAGCAAAAACUUCGGUCUGUGGCGGUGAUGUCCUCGUUAUAUCAUGCCUUCCUCCUCUGUCAAGUUUGGACGGUCUACUGCGAGUCCGCUGGAAGUUUGCACCCUAUAAACUCGAAUGCCCAUCGUGCGGCCAAUGGGACUGCGCUGGAAUUUUGGUUGAAGAUCGCACCGACCAUUACCCACUUGCUUUCUGUUUCGGAAGACGCUACUGCAAUAAACGGACACCUUCUGACGGUGCUUGAGGAGCUUAAGGAAUGUCGUUCCAUCAUAGUUGAUAAGUUGCCAGGUAACGUUUUAAAACGUCUCCAAAAGUGUAUUGAAUGGGAACCGCCGGGAUUGGAUAGUCGCCUGCACGUUCUCCUGCGUUCGGCGAGCGUCCUGAUGGACAGUGGUAGAUCGGGGGCCGGAGGAAGUGGUAGCGGAGGUAUCAGUAGUGGCGGAGGAGGUGGAGUUGGUGGCGGUGUAGGCCUUGAUGGGAGCGAAAGCUCGCCCUGUCUCUCCUCGGCUCGUGGUGUGGACGUCAAUCUCUGCUCGGCCAAUAGCAUCAAUGGCUGCACUCACACAGAAGGCGCUUGUGCCGGUCACUCGCUCGGCCCUGCAGGGGGUUGUGGAGGUGCCGGCGGCGGUAGCGGUGUGGGGACAGCCCUCUCGGAGGGUUGCGGCUGCACUGCAGUAGGUAGCAGUGGUUUCCUCUCCAAUCGCCUUGUUCGUUGGCUCAAAAAACAAAUUUUUGUGCUUGGACGCAAUGAGGAUCAACACUCUACGGCUACACACAUCUUUAUUCAUUAA